AUGAUCCGACAAGACGCCCACCGAAUCGAUCCUAAACGCAGGGCAAUCAUCGACCCCAAGAAAAGGCAGUUCGCCGCGCCCAUCUACAAGCAGCAGGAUUACCCGUUUCGUCUAAAUCUGUACGACACGCCGCCAACUGCAGAGAUCACCCUGGAGCAGUUUGAACAAUGGGCCAUUGAUAGACUGAAGAUCCUCGCCGAGAUCGAAGCAUGCUCCUAUCGCAACAAAUCCCCCGCCGAAACCGCGUCGCAUAUCACCCCUCUUCUCCAGAAAUUCCUCCCUCUUUCCUCAAAUACCUCAUCUGCGACUGGUGCCGCCGACCAACGGUUGAAAAAUGAACGCCAAAAAGAUCAUUAUUCCCACUUCAUCCUCCGCUUGGCCUUCUCCGCCACGGAGGAUCUGCGACGACGAUUCGCACGCGCUGAAACCAUGCUCUUCCGAUUCCGCUUCCAAAAUGAUGACUCAAGAGAGCGACGUGCCUUCGUGGAAAGCUUGAGUCUCGAUUGGGAGCCAGUCAGCGACGAGGAACGUCAUGAAGUCACAGAGAGCCUGGCCAGCUCCACACCUGGGCUGCGUCGAGUCGACGAGGAGACCUGGUACAAGGUUGAUUGGGAGAAGGUCCCUGAGCUUAUCGAGCGCCGAAAUGUGUUCCUGAAGAAGGGGAAAGCCUAUGUUCCUGGAAGGGAGCAGCUGAGCAUGAUUAUGGCGGAAUUUACUGCUCGUCUUGAACGUUCACUCGAAUUAACGAGCCGUGCUCUUCCGCGGUUAGACGAGGAUGAUCGUUUAACUCCCAUUUUGAAUCACCUUUCGAAGAACUUCGGCAGUGCCGACUCGGUAUACACUGAAGGCGAAGGGCAUGUCGAUGGUACAGCAAUCACUGCAAGCUCCAUUGACUCUCUAUCCCAGCACUUCCCACUGUGCAUGCGUAACCUACACACGAAUCUCCGCAAGGAUAACCAUCUGAAACACUUUGGUCGACUUCAAUAUACCCUUUUCUUGAAAGGUAUUGGUCUCUCACUAGAGGAAUGUAUUCUCUUCUGGCGCCAAUCUUUUAAGGGCAAGACAGACGACGAAUUCAAUUCACAAUACAAAUACAAUAUUCGUCACGCAUAUGGUGAUGUUGGUGGUGAUGUGAAUCGCCGGGGACGAGGAUACCCUCCCUAUUCGUGCCAGAAAAUUCUGCAGGAUAAUAACGUCGGUAUCGGCCAAACACACGGCUGCCCGUACCGCCAUCAUUCAGUCGAUAAUCUUGUUGGACUACUCCAAUCCACUGGGGUUCAUGACAAGGAGGUUUUGCGUGGAGUCCGCGAGGACGUGGGCAAACAGCGCUUUCACAUUGCUUGCAACCGUGUGUUCGAGUGGUCUCACAAGGGCGAGAUCAAAAAGGUCAAGGAGGAUGGAACCUGGACCCAAGCAGAUCUGGAUACCAUUGUUCACCCCAAUACUUAUUUCAAGCGCAGCUACUUGCUGAAGCAGCUGGCCAAGGCUCCAAGCCGAGAUGCUUGA